UUCAAGCAAAACAAAAACGCGUUAAGUCCACAGUGACGUGGCUGGCAGGGCAAGAUCCAUCUGCUAGAGUGGUCCAAGAACAUUCGUCUUAACAUAUCGAAAUAGGCAGGAAUGUAUUAAGAUGUCAGACAGUGAAGACCAGAGGGACCCAGUGGGGCAGUCAGAGGUCCAGGAGGUGGGCUCCCCAGAGCAGUCCUCUUCACCACUGACCGACAGCACCCCAGAGCCGCCAGAGAACGACAUGGAUGUGGCACCUGUCCGUAAGACCAGAAAGAGACCUGAAAACAAACCCCCUAUUGACUCCAUGGAGCCUCCGGAGAGUCCGAAAGUAGAAGAUGAUUCUAAAAAGAAAUCCAGUGAGUCUACUGUAUCUCAAGGAGGAUGGGGUUACUGGGGGAGCUGGGGCAAGUCCCUCAUGUCCACUGCCUCAGCCACAGUGGCCAGUGUAGGGCAUGGUAUAUCUCAGGCUAUUGAGAAAGCGGAGACAUCGCUUGGAAUACCCAGCCCUACAGAUCUGUCGGCACAGAUCAAGGAGGAGGAAAAAGAAGAGGGUGAGCCCAAAGGUGAAUGUGACAGUGGGGAGGCGGAGAGCCCGUCAGCCCUGGGAGGUGCAAUGGGAAUGUUCUCAUCCCUCUCCAGUGUUGUCCAGAGCACUGGGAAAACGGUAAUAACUGGUGGUUUGGAUGCUCUGGAGUUCAUCGGUAAAAAGACCAUGGAUGUCUUAGCGGAAGGAGAUCCAGGAUUUAAAAAAACCAAGGGGCUGAUGAACAGAACAUCCACUCUGUCGCAGGUUUUAAGGGAAGCAAAGGAACGGGAAGAGAAGCAAACGGCCGAGGAGGUCUCCUCGGACACAGAGAAGAAGGCCCAUUACGGAAUGCUGUUUGAUGAAUACCAGGGGUUAUCUCACCUUGAGGCCCUGGAGAUCCUGUCCAGAGAGAGUGAGGCAAAGGUAAAGUCUGUCCUGACCACCAUGUCUGGUGAGGAGUUGGCUCAGCUGAAAGAGGAGCUUGAGCUGAUCAAGGAGCCCUUCUCCCUGGUGGAGUUUGACGAGGAGGAGGUGGAUGAAAAGAAAGAUGAUGCUGGCACAGAGUUUGUUAAGGAAUUAACUGAUGCCCUGGCAGAACUACACAUAUCUACAAACGCAGACAAGCUUGGCAGGGCCGUGAAGAAUGCAUGUGACAGCAUCACCAACAUGAGCAGGCCAGCUGAAGGCUCAAAGCAGGAAGGAGAGGGGAGUGAGGAGGAGGUUCCGGAUGGAACAGAGGUGGAGAAACGCUGCACUGUGGAGGACGUUCACUCCUCUGCUAUCAGGAGUCUGGCAGAGCUAACAGCCAGAUCAAUAGAGCAAUUCCAUAAAGUGGCAGAACUUAUCCUUUACCAUGGCAAUCAGGAUGUGACUGCUCUGGAACAGGCCAAAACCCUCUCACAAAUCACAAUUAUUUUGUGCAAGGAAAUAUCACUAUUGUCCAAAAGGUUCACCUCUUGUUUAACCACUCUUGGGUCAAAUGAAAAGGGAGAUGUCCUUAACCCAUUGAUAACAGGAGUGUUUCUGGAGGCUUCAAACAGUGCAACUUAUAUUCAGGAUGCUUUCCAGCUCUUGCUGCCAGUAUUAGAGGUGUCUCACAUUCAGAGGAGUACAGCCUCAUCUGACCAGUGACAGCCAGAUCUCAAAUGUGCCAACAUGGAACUUCAACAAAGAACAGCUCUGUGAUGUCACUGUCAUCUGUUCAGCUGCUUCAGUGAGACUUAUGUACUCUUGUGUAUUUCUAGACAAAUGAACUGUCGUACUUGUUGUAUCCUAUAGUAGGUAGCUACAAUGAGUUUUGAGAAUUUAAAACAAGCCAAAAAAAUUUGCCGUUAAAGAUCUUCCAGGUUGAUUACUUCCAAACCACAGAACUCUAAACUAUUUCAGAUUGAUUAAUUCUGAGAUACUUCUUCAAUGUAAAUCCCGACCUUGUAGAGGCCAGUGAUUUUUCUUCAGAGGCUUUCAAGCCAGAAUGGCUUUUUGCUUUUUUUCUUUGUAAUAUUUUCUUUUUUCCAAUUUUGCUUCUUCACAAAAAUCUUGACAGCAUUGGCUGAUUUUUGUUUGAAUUUGGUACAUUUAUUGGUCAUCUUCCGUAGAAACACAUAAAAUACUUCAGUCCACCUGUACCCUGAGUCAGGUAUGGUAUUAACGGCUGCGAUAUUUUUUUUUUUUUCCCCACACUGGUCAAAAGCUGUUGACAGCUGUCCAUCAUUCCUUCACCCCAUGAAUGGCACAUCCAUCACACAUUGCUUGUGAAUGUGUACAAACUUGUUUUGGCAGUAUUUCCCUGAUCAUACCAAAUCUGACAGUUAACUAUUGUUG